CACAUAUCGCGCAGGUGUCCGCCUUGUUGUCUAUCAGCGCCUACUUCUCGUGUUCCAUCCUCUUCGCACACAUCCUGCCGCAGUUACUCCUCGUCUGCGCCAACAUGGUCCUCAGCAACAAGAUGUAUCAGCUCCCCUCGCUGGUGACGGUCGAGUAGAUCCGCGGGGAGGGCAAAUAGUGGGCCCUUUUCCUAGCCGCGCCCUCCGCUGGGACUGUGUUGUCGAACAGAUCCGAACUUCAUCUCUCGUGACGUCGGUGCGCAUGGCAUCCCUGACGCGAUCGAGAUCCCGGAAACUUGAAACUUGAAGUAGGACAAGAAGGACCGUGGCGCUUGUAAUUGAUUGUAAAAGUGUACGAAUAUUACAUUUAUGGAGAUGAAGUGGAGGGACGACCUGCCACGUUGCGCGUUACCGUGACUGCACCUGAGCAUGGUUUGUUCAGUGACGACCACGGCUACGUCAUGAUUUUGAGACGACUAUGAAUUUACGAAUUUAGCGGAAAUUAGCAGCCGUUUUUUCGCGCGGCCGUAUCGAGAUCAUGUGAAGCAGGAGCUGUACUUCCUCUUGUUGAAGAACAUCGACGCAUUACAUAUCGCCAUCGUGAUUUAUUACAUCGCGGUUAAAUCAUGGUCAGUUCGUAAAAAACCUCUAAAGGGACUGUAUUGAAUGGGUACACACACUACUAGUCUAAGUUCUUGGGUAUUAGAUCAGUCGUGUGACUGGUUUUAUACAGGCAAGGAAUUGUAUGGUCCCUCUCAUACAACCUUGCGCAUACAAGGUAGGAUCAUUUUGAAGAUGGUGCACAUAAUGUGGACCCAUAAGAUGUAAAUAUAGAAGGAACAACAACGUGCGCAAGUGAGCCGACUCCUAUUCUAUCAUGAUGAUCAAGUAGAGAGAUCGUUCCAGAUGUUAGGAUGAUGAUGGUGGACUGCUCUAUCCCAUGAUGAUGAAGAAAGAUUGUUUUGAUAUAUUUAUUAGAAAGUGAGGUCGUUGUUUGAUUCUUCAGGAUAUAUUAACCACUAUCAGGGUAAGAUAUUACGUGGUUCGAACAAUGAAUUCAUAGAUAAGGAUCAAUAUCCCCUCUUCGGUGUUUUUCAGUCAUAAACUGACUGCUUGGCGCUUCAUUUUAGGGCUUGAUCCCAGGCCACUGUUGCACUAGACCGACAGAUUUUUUAAGCGGUUGUCAUAGUUACUCACGCUGCAAACUAACGCCACA